CAUGCAUUUAAAUAUUAUUUGUUGCGCGAACAAUGGUUUCCAAAGGGAUAACAAAGGGUGUUCAAUUUGCCGUGCGCUUUGCUGCAUAUUCAGUUCUGUGUGGAUACAUCAGUGCGGCAAUGAACCAAUAUGGAACGAUAUCUGUAGUAGGGCCAGCGUUUACAAACAGGGAGGUUACACUGAAGGCGUCACCGUUCUAUCCUUGGGGGUGUGACGUAGAAUGGAAAUUCUUAAUUGAAAAUGGUUCACAAUUGUUAAGUAUGGAAGGGGUAAAUAAUACAACAAGAUAUUAUGAAGAUGAGUCAUUCUUUUUGAAAUGGAAGGCUUCAACUGAAUUCAACGGAUCUAUCUUCUACGCCGAAUGUGCAACAAACAAUACGAUUAAAACAAAAAUGAUAUCUAUAAAUUUGAGAGAUAUCGUUGGAUCAUGUGGAGCACUCGGGAUUUUAAGCCCAGUUGUUCGCGGCGCGGACGUCAAACUUGCAUAUUUUCCGUCUGACCUUUAUAUACAUCGCAACACAGACACUGGGCGAACAUGGACGCACAACUUACAAGAUAUACAGCUACAAGAUGGUUCUUACGAAGAGAGAAGUGUUUCUAAAUAUUUGUACAUAUUGACUAUAUUUAACUUCAAAGAAAAAGAUGAAGGACCGUAUGAUCUAAAAUGCAAUGCAGAUAGCAAAACGGAUUCUGUGCAUCUUCAUAUGUUGGAGCGACCGAGCUACCCAGUCCUCGGUCCGAAGCAACUUGACUUCAAUACAACACAAUGUGUUUAUGUUUAUGGGGGCUCCGACUUUUAUUGCAAUACUGAAAAUGGAACAGAACCUGUACAGAUAGUAAUUAUACUGGGACAGAAUUCGUUUGUUCAUGAAGAAAGAAACGGGGGGAAAGGGUACCAAAUCGAUAACAUUCAUCAACAAAUGGGUGGACUGUCAAGACGGAAUGUGACAUGUCGGGUUUCUAAUGCAGUCCUUGAAAAACCUUUCCAAGUGCACGCCACUCUAUGUAGCGUAGAGAAAGGUAGCCCGCCCGUGCUAUCUGUUCCUGAGUUCCUUGAAGGAGAAAAUUCGAGUGCAAUAUGUGAAGUACGCAAUGCUAUCCCAGCUCCACUAUUAGAAAUACAUGUUGACAAUGUUUUGCUGGGUGAUUUUCAACUAAAAUAUUUAUUUAAUGGAUCUUCUCAUACAUUUACCAGUACAGCAAAGGUUACAAAGUCUAUUAAAUUGUGGAAUGGAAAACAAAUGUGCUGCGUCAGAAAAAGCAAAUAUGCUUUUGGUCCAAAAGAUGUUUCAGUGUGCAAAAAUAUCAGCAUGAAAUAUCCGCCGUCGGAACUUUCCAUGCUCGUAAACAAAAAACGUUCAUAUAGAAACAAUGUUUCUGUCUGUUUCUUUCACAUUUUUUGUGAAACGAAUGAAUCAAAUCCGCCUUGCACAAUUGAAUGGUCAAGCGACAAUGAUAAUUCAAGCUAUUUUGAUAGUAAAAAUUGGACUAAUGGUGAAAUUGGAAGUUACCGUUCUGUUUCCAACGUCAUGUACAACGUGACUAAAGACAGGACUGGGGGUACCAUUACAUGCUCAACAAGAUGCGAUUAUUUCCCAUCUAGUUUAACUAGAAACUAUACUGUAUAUUUUUCAGGUGUAACGACUAUUUACCUGAACACGACAUCGCCUGUUCAUUUACGUCCGAAAAGUACAGUGGCCGUCAACUGUCUCGUGGAUGAUUGCAAUGCUUCAGGACAAUGGACUCUUUGGUGGAAAGAUGAAAAUAGCACUGUAUUAAAGAAUUGUAGCAAAACAGAGGAAUGCCUGUUAACACUGAAGUAUGCGGGAGAUGGAAACAAAACAUACAAUUGCAACGCUCGAAAGCAAGAGGAGAAGUUGAAGGCAUCAUUAACAGUUUUAAUGACAGAAGGUAGUUCAUCCCAUGAAAAGGACAUUCAUACAUUUUCACCGACAUUCCGAUUUCCUUUCGUCGAUGUACUUAUUGGAACAGGCGUUUUUGGUGUACUCUUCAUCCUGUCUCUUAUCGGAAGAUGUAUAUUUCUAAAACGGAGAAAGGCCAACGCAAUCAGCACAAUAGAAAUUGUUGAAGAUCCCAGCGACACCUCGUCGGACAAUGGAGUGCUACACAUAACAACGGGAGGAGUACAAUACGCAGUCGUGCACAGGCAGGCGGACGCGCAGAGGACUGAAACACAGCAGCCGCACGAUGAAGCCGGCUUAUCGUACGCCGAUUUGGACAUCGAAUUCAUUCCUGCAGGAAGCUAACGCCAGAGUUCCGGCAAGGAGAAAGAAUAAGCCGACGGAGUAUGCUGACAUUGACUUCUCCUCAACACAGGAAACUGCGGUAGAAGAUGUAUUGGCGUAGUUGUAAAGUGCAAAGACCAAGUAAUCAAACGAUAGCGAUAAUUUAUAUAUGAUCAUGUUUAAUGUGUGAACGUCUUCAAUGGUAAUGUGUACUGAAAAAAAUGUGGUUUAAACCAAAUAUCCAAGACCAAUAGAAGGGAUAUUAAAAUGUAUCAUUUCCUUUGGACGGUGAUUGUUGAUUAAACAAUUGAUUUUGUCGACACUGAGAGUUGACGUGCAUCAUAUGUACGAUAUUUUUCUGAGUGUUUUCAGAGAUCCGUCAAAAGCUUUUACUCUUGUAUAUAGAUAUUGAA